CCCACAUUUUGGAGCUUUCGGGUAAACUGAGAGGCCAAUUGUAGCUAGGUAGCUUGUUUAGAGUGGAAGAAAAGAAGAAUCGCCAUCAUGAUUGGAAAGUCAAUCCUUGUUUUAGGAUUACUGGUUGGUGUGUGCACAGCACAAUUCAAAUAUAGAGCCGCAGCGAAAUCAUCGCCCCCUAGGGCACCACCUGCCGGAGGACCACCACCACCACCAGCACCACCUGCCAGAGGACCACCACCUCCCGCCGCGCCACCUGCUGGAGGACCCCCACCCCCACCGGCAGCACCACCUGCCAGAAGAGCACCACCACCUGCACCACUAGCUGGAGGACCACCACCUCCCGCCGCGCCACCUGCCGGAGGACCACCCCCACGGGCAGCACCACCUGCUGGAGGACCCCCACCCCCACCGGCAGCACCACCUGCCAGAAGAGCACCACCACCUGCACCACUAGCUGGAGGACCCCCACCCCCACCGGCAGCACCACCUGCUGGAGGACCCCCACCGGCGGCACCACCUGCUGCACCAGCCGCUCCACAACCCGAUGCCUUAGCUCCAUUUGCUAUACGUCCUGCACCUAUCGCACCUGCUGCACCUGCUAGACCUGCACCCUUCGCACCUGCUGCACCUGCACCAUUCGCACCUGCGGCACCUGCACCCUUUGCACCUGCGGUACCUGCACCAUUCGCACCUGCGGCACCUGCACCCUUCGUUCCUGCUUCUCCUGCUGCACCUGCUCCUGCUUCUGCUCCCGCUGCUUACCAAUUUACACCGUUCUGGUUUAAUCCCACACCUUAUUAUCAACCAUUUUAUCAACCACCACCACCAGUCAAUCAGCCACCACCUACAUCCUAUUACUCCUCAUGCUCCUGUGAUUAUGUGGACGACUGCCCGCAGGGAACCGUUGAUCAGGGAUACUGUGCGAGCGGUGCAAAUUACUGCUGCGAGCUCGAGAGUUAAGGUGACUUGAUCUAGUGAAUGAAACAUUUACAUGAAAACAUUUUCGAAUUGCCAAAGCAUCGUACUUGGUUACAUAACAAGAACAAAAGUGACAUUUAAAAGUGAAAACGUUACAAGUUUAUAAGUCUGGAUAAAGCUUGAAUUAUGUACAGUCGUCAAGUUUUGUUGAGUAAAAUAUUUAAAAAAUUA